AUGGAUAUUAGGAGAUUCGAUAUCUAUCGAAAAAUCCCGAAAGACCUGACGCAACCCACAACCGCCGGCGCUGUAAUUUCGAUAAUAUGCGUCGGCUUUAUCACUUUUAUGCUUUUCAACGACUUGAUGGCUUAUAUUCGGAUCGAUGUAAAAGAUGAAAUUAUCGUCGAUGACCCGGGAAGAGAGGGGAAAAUUGAUGUGCGGAUAAACAUCUCGUUUCCGUAUAUGGAAUGUAAAUAUCUGGGCGUCGAUAUUCAAGACGAAAAUCGUUUGCACGAAGUCGGCUUGCCGACCACACGCAGAGGAUUCCGAUUGGCAAUGGGCGAGGCUGCCUUUUCCAAAGUCAAUUUGAAAUUAAUAAGGUCCCCGGAAAUUUCCACCUCUCCACUCAUUCGUCAGCCUCGCAGCCGGAAAACCCAGAUGUCCGGGCAUGUGAUAAUAUUCAUUGAAUAUUGUCCCCUCUCCGUCUACCAAGACAUCUCUGGAGACGUCGCAAACAGUUACCAAUACACCUAUGGCCACCGAAACUUCCUCCAUCACCACCACACGGGCCACAGAUCCCGGCCGUCUGGUUCAAAUACGAACUACAACCAAUUACGGUCCGGCCAAUGGGAAUAUCGACAAAGUUUUUACACGUUUUUGACAUCAGUCUGCGCCGUCGUCGGCGGGACUUUUACCGUCGCCGGAAUCAUCGACUCCACCUUCUUCACCAUCCACGAAAAUGACUGCUUGUGGCAGCAGCUGGGGAAAUUGACA